AUGGGGCUCGCGGCGGCGGCGGCGGGCGGCGGGCGCGAGCCCAUGGCGGUCGACCCCUCUUCUUCCGGCGCCCUGGGCCCCGACGCCGCCAUGGCUGUCCUGACAGAGGACCCCUCCAAGCUGGCUGCCCCCAUAAAGGACAUCAAGGACAAGUGGAAGCUGCUGCCCGCCUUCCUGCAG